AUGAGGAAGGUUGUGGAGCUAUUGCUCCUCGUGUUGGUACUAACACACACAGCCAGGGGUCAGGGCAGGAGGAGGAAGGGCCAGAGAGACGACAACCAGGUCCUCCAAAAGGAAGGGAAAAUUCUGAUCUGCCCGGUGGAGAUCAUGUUCAUCCUGGACAGCUCAGAGAAGGCCAAGGUGCUGCUGUUUGAGAAGCAGAAAGACUUCGUCCUGCGUUUCAGCACGCGGCUCAUGCAGAUCCAGGCAGCAGGUUGGAGACUGAGGUUGAGGCUGGCUGCACUGCAGUACAGCAGUUCUGUUUCUCUGGAGCACAACUUCCGGGACUGGCAGGAUGUGGAUGUGUUCCAGAGCAGAGUGGCGUCCAUGGCCUACAUCGGACACGGAACCUACUCAGCCUACGCCAUCACUAACGCUACACAGAUGUUUAGCCGUGAGACAGCGGCCAACAGCCUGAGGGUGAUGUUGCUGAUGACUGACGGCGUGGACCAUCCCCGUAGCCCCAGUGCUGUGACCGCCGCAUCCGAGGCCAAGAACCACAACAUUCGUCUGUUCACCAUCGGGCUGUCGGGUCUACCCAGGGAUAUGCCCACCAAUGCCAGGUUACGUUCCAUCGCCAGCUCCCCGCCACAGCAGCACGUCCUCAGCCUCACAGACAACCUGCUGGAGGAUAAACUUUUCAGAGAACUGAACACGCUUGUCAAUACAGGGUGCCCACAGCCGAAGUCCUGUCUGUGUGAUAAAGGAGAAAGAGGUCCCACUGGAAGCCCGGGGAAAUCAGCCCAGCCUGGAUCUGACGGUUCUCCCGGUCCAAAAGGAUUUCAUGGGGAACCUGGUAUCAACGGAAGGCCUGGGAUGGAGGGUAUCGAGGGUCGACCCGGCACUAGAGGGGAAAAGGGGGAAAGAGGCGAGUGUGGCGUCCGCGGGAUGAAGGGAGAUCAAGGGCCAGACGGACCUCCAGGCCCUCGGGGACCCAGAGGAGAGCAGGGUCUUAGUGGAGGUCCCGGGGACCAGGGCCCUGAAGGACUUGUAGGACCCAAAGGUGACCGUGGACCUGGUGGAGUGGAAGGACCUCCAGGGGAUACUGGCAUCGGCUUUCCUGGACCUAAAGGCAAUAAAGGAAACCAGGGAAGGCCUGGAACCACCGGUCCCAUGGGUAUGGGUGAACCAGGACUGCCGGGUCCAUUUGGUCCUCCAGGGGUCCAGGGAACACAAGGAUUCCCAGGAGAGGGUCUACCAGGGCCUAAGGGUGACAGGGGUUACGAGGGUCCUAAGGGCACCCGCGGCACCCCGGGUUCAGGGUUGAAAGGUGACAAGGGAAACACAGGAGCUCCAGGUUUGCCAGGAUUGGUGGGUUUUCCAGGUGCAGGGAUCCAAGGAGAAAAGGGAGACAGUGGUCCAUCUGGAUCUUCCGGCCCUCGGGGGCCACCAGGGCUGGGAAUAGUCGGCCCAAAGGGUGACCAGGGUUUCCCAGGAGAGCAUGGACCACAGGGAGAGAGAGGAGUCGGGGAGCCAGGGUCAAAGGGUGAACCAGGACCUGACGGAUCUUCUGGGAUACCUGGUAUACCCGGGGAAGAUGGAGCGGUCGGACCUAAGGGUGAGAUUGGUUUACCAGGACUGCGAGGGACAGAGGGUGAGCCUGGGAAAGGAAUUCCUGGAGAAAAGGGUGAUCGAGGUGACCGGGGGGUGAGGGGACUACCAGGAACGCCAGGGCCCGUGGGACCUGCAGGAGCCAAGGGAGAGCCUGGCAGUUUUGGAAUGAUGGGUCUACCAGGUCCUCCUGGCAGGGGCCUACCUGGGUCAAAGGGUGACCUUGGACCAGUGGGGCAGUCUGGGCCUGUAGGAGACCCUGGAGUGGGCAUCGCUGGGUCGACGGGUGAGAGGGGGAACCCUGGACCUGUUGGACCACCAGGGUUGAAGGGAGACGGCUACACAGGACCUCAGGGCCUCCCAGGGUUGCCAGGGCAACCAGGAGAGUUGGGACAUGAAGGGAAAGGAUUACCUGGCCCUAAGGGUGACAGAGGUUCAUCAGGACUUCCAGGGCCAACAGGACCUCCUGGUAUUGGUCUGCUGGGACUUAAGGGUUCUGUGGGUCAGCCAGGUCCACCUGGUCUGUUAGGAAUAACAGGAGAGGGCAUCCAGGGGCCCAAGGGAGAGCCUGGGUUCGAGGGGCCAAAGGGCCCCCGGGGGCUUCCAGGGGAUGGCUUUCCAGGAGAAAAGGGAGACAGGGGGAUUCUUGGAGACCGUGGGAAGAAAGGAGACCAGGGAGAAUUUGGAGAGCCAGGAUCUAUAGGACCCAUGGGGAAAUCUGGUGAGAAGGGGGAUCCUGGCUUGACAAGAGAGGAAGUCAUCAAAAUUAUCAGGGAAAGUUGUGGCUGUGGUGUGAAGUGCAGAGAGAGUCCUCUGGAGCUGGUGUUUGUGAUUGACAGCUCAGAGAGCGUUGGACCGGAGAACUUCGAGGUGGUCAAGGACUUUGUGAACACCCUGAUUGACCGUGUAUCUGUGAACCGCGACGCCAGCAGGAUCGGUGUGGUCCUCUACAGUCAUGUGGACAUAGUGGUGGUCAGUCUGACGCAGCAGUCCAGCCAGAACGACGUCAAGGCUGCGGUGAGGAAGAUGCCGUACCUGGGCGAGGGCACCUUUACGGGUAGUGCCAUUGGGAGAGCCAACCAGCUGUUCCAGGCCUCGCGGCCCGGUGUGCGUAAAGUUGCCGUGGUACUAACCGACGGGCAGGCAGACCGACGUGACGCAGUGCAGCCCGAGGAAGCUGCCAGGGAGGCCCACACCGCCGGCAUUGAGAUGUUUGUCAUCGGCGUGGUGAAUAAGAAAGACCCGCUGUACGCAGAGUUCCAAUCUGAGAUGAUCGCUAUCGCCUCCGACCCAGACGAGGAGCACAUGUACCUGAUCGACGACUUCAUGCUGCUGCCCACCCUGGAGAGUACGCUGCUCAGCCAGAUCUGUGAGCACAACGGUGGAACCCUCUUCAUCCACAACUCCAUACCCACCCUUGAGGUUUACAGAGAAGUUCCAGACAGGGGGCGCAUACCCAACUUUGAGGACGAUUACAGAAGACCUGGACCACCAAUAUUUGAGAAUGAGAGCCCUCCCUCCUCACGGGCCCCAGAAUCCCCCGGCUUCAACGAGAAUGGAAUCGACACUGGCAAGACAUCGGUCUUCGAGGUACCCCUGAACAAGCUCCCAGACGUCAUGACAGCAGCAUCAGGGGGCCCAGGGGGGAAGCAGCAAUCCAAAGUUAUCUCUAUGGUGGGACCCCAGACCCCCCAGACACCCACCAACUGGCAGUACAUCCCCAAGACCACCCAGCCUCUGCCAGACAUCCUUGUACCAGUGGUGGGGUGCAGACAGCCGUUGGACCCUGGGCCGUGUCGUCAGUAUGUGGUCAGGUGGUACUACGACACGGAAGCCAACUCCUGCGCCCAGUUCUGGUACGGAGGUUGCCAGGGUAACGGAAACCAGUUUGAGUCGGAGGCCGGGUGCAGUAGCGUUUGCGUCCGCACGUAA